UUCCCACUAGGGUUGACAUCACGACUCUCCACGCAUACUAAAUAAACACCAUCGCCAGCUACACCACAAUUAGGUCGCUCUUAAUAAAAUGUUUCUACAGAUUUGAUAGAUACCAUGUUCUCAACAAGAUUUCUGCGUCGAACAGUACCGACCGUGUUGAGUCGCCGCGCUUACGCCUCGACGGUAAAGACAGGCCUGUCCCCUCAGCAAAUCCAAAUCGUAAAGGCAACUAUCCCCGCAUUAGAAAAGCAUGGAGUUGAAAUCACAACGCUCUUCUAUAAGAACAUCCUCGAUAAGCAUCCGGAGCUCAAAAACAUCUUCAACACCGCACACCAGGCGACUGGAGAGCAACCUGCCGCACUAGCCCACGCAGUGUGGGCAUACGCAACCAACAUUGAGCAGCCAGAAGCGUUGGCGACGGCGGUUUCUCGGAUCGGCCACAAGCAUGCGAGUCUUGGGGUCACAGCGGAUCAAUAUUCCAUUGUAGGAGAGCAUCUUCUCAGUGCCAUCAAGCAAGUUCUCGGGGACGCAGUCACCCCACCCGUCGUUGAUGCAUGGACGGCAGCCUACCAACAGUUGGCCGACAUCUUUAUCGCGUUUGAAGGAAAUCUGUAUCGGGAAGCAAUUGAAACCCCCGGUGGAUGGAAAGGGUGGAGGAAAUUCACCAUCUCGGAAAAGGUGAAUGAGGGCGACGAAAUCAUCUCCUUCCAUCUAACCCCCAUCGACAAGGGCCAGCUCCCUGCGUACAAGCCAGGGCAAUUUGUCAGUGUCCGCUGCUACGUCCCCGAGCUUGGGGUCUACCAGCCACGACAGUACAGCCUAUCCGACGUGCCUAACCGAAAGUACUUCCAGAUCUCUGUGAAGAAAGAGUUUGCAUCCGGGGAACGACCGGCGGGUCGCAUCUCCAACGUACUGCAUGAAUCGCUCCCAACGGGUUCUGAGCUAGAAAUCAGCAUGCCGUUUGGGGAUUUUGUUCUCGAUGUUAAUUCCACUACCCCGGUUGUUCUGAUAAGCGGCGGAGUUGGUCUUACACCGAUGAUCUCGAUGCUGAAAUCCGUCACCAACUCCUCGAAAUCGAGACGGGUGAUGUUUAUCCACGCUGUUCGCAAUGGUCGCGUCCAUGCCAUGAGGCAGACCUUGGCCAAGAUCAUGGCGGACAAUCCGCAGGUCUCCCGCGCAAUCUUCUACGAGGAGGCAGCUGCGAAUGAUAAGCCGGGAGUCGAUUAUGACUACAUUGGCAGGGCUGACAUCGCCAAGAUUAAGGACGAGGUGGUUUUGCCAGAUGCAGAUUACUAUAUCUGUGGGCCAUCCCCAUUCAUGAAGGCGCAAAGUCAGAAGCUGCAGGCCCUGGGUGUCCCCCUGGAUCGAAUCCAUAUGGAGGUCUUUGGAUCUCCCAGCUGAACGGAAUCUGCAUCAUUUUAGUUCUACAUCGAUAUCAGUAGCUUGGAGCAAAUACUUACUGCUUUGGGUUUCCUAUGAUCCUGGAGUCAUCCCAGUAGUAGAUCGUCCGGAGUGUUACGACUGAGUGUUUGUGGCGACAAAUACGGACGCAACUAAAGUACUAGCACUUUGGUAUUGCAAGCACGUUAUUCAAUAGAGGAUGUAUAGGGUGUAUAGGAACUGAGCAGCACAACCCACGCCCCUCUUGCCAAUGCACUCUCUUACAGAAGCAGCGCAUCCAAACACAGUCAACUGGCGAAACCCAGGUUGAAUUACUUCUAGAAAGCCCGUUGAAGUACUCAGGAGUCCUUGAUCGUC